GGGGGCUUGGGGGGUACUCAUCUUGGGGGAUGCUCCACAACGCCUGCCCUUAAGCUUUUCUAGCGGCUGAAAGAGUGCUCAAGAUCAUUUUAUGGCUUCCCUCGAUGGCACUAUCGAAGUAGUACGUGAACUCAGCGCUUGCUGGACGGUUGUUUACAGGCCUUCGCCUUACGGAGGGGGCAUUUCUCAGGUUGUUUUUAGCGAAAUAGCCUUCAGGGGUGCCGUAUCGAUGAUACUAUCAAAUUGCGCAGCGCUCUGGGAGAGGAUCGUGCCGGUCCAGGCUCAUCUGGGAUUCCUCUGCUAUCACCGUCACGGCGCGACAUGGUGCUCCAAUAACCCCCGCCGCCUCUGCUUUCCCUCCCCCACCAAUGCCAAACCCUCACUCCAGCAAGAAAAGCCAUGUCCACGUCCGACUCAACGAGUCGGCUCUCUUUCUCCGAGUCCCCUCCGACCCAGAGAGCGCCGAUGAAGCGCCACAAGCCCCUGCUUCACUCCGCGGACUGCUCAUCGUGCACCUCACGAAACCUGCGCGCAUAUGCUCUAUUGACGUAGAGCUGGUGGGUACAUCGCAGGUGCAGUGGCCAGACGGCUUGGGAACACAUCACGUCGAGUACACGGACACUGCACGCAUCUACCAUCAGUCUCAGACGCUGUUCAAGUCGCAACCCAAGCCGCGCCGCGCUUCUUCGGUCGGGCCAGGCAUCUUCCUUGAGCAGGACGACAGCAGCCAGCCCAGCGUUAGCAAUAGCGCUAGCGGAAGCGCUGAGGGAAUGAUCGAAUCCGUGCCUACACUCCUCACUCCCCCUCGCGCACCCUGGGCCGAUGUCGUUCCCAGUCCUCCCUAUACCCCGACGAGGGAAGAAGCGGACGACUACUUCCGCCACCAUCCGCCACAGGCCUUCUCUACUACCCCCAUGGACUCCUUCCCCUCGAUCGGACAGUUGACGACCUCCCGCUCUAAUCCGAACCUAUCCCUCCCGCCACCACCGAACCUCUCCAUGCCUGGUGUCCGCCCUAGUCCCUCGGCUCCGGAAUCACGACGCAGUACGCCUUCCUCCACGCGGCAGUCCUCCCCAGUCAUCACCCCUUCGAGCUCAAAGGAAGCCGCACACAGCAAGCACGCCAGUUUCCACCCCCACUCCCACUCCCAUUCCCACUCGCGUUCGUUCCACCUGCCGCAUCUCCCCGUGCCACACCUCUUCUCUUCCUGGCGCCAAAAGUCGCCGAAGGUGGAGCACGCCCACUCGCAUGACCACGAAGAGACGCGGGGAGCGGACGACCGGCGUUCGCGUUCCCGCGCGGUGCGGUCCAAGUCUAAACCCCCACCUGCGACCGCCUUCGACGAAGACGAGGAAGACGAUGUUCUCCCACCGGAGCCUUCUUUGGGAUGGAAGGAGUUCCCUGCGGGCACGUACACGUACCCCAUCUCGUUCACUGUCCCCGGCAAUGCGCCGCCUUCGCUGGAGACGGAGUUUGGAUCAGUGGUAUGGAAGCUGAACGCGACUGUGCAGCGGCAGGGCGCGUUCGCGACGCGGCUGCACGAGUCGCAUACCGUCACGGUCAUCACGUGCCCGACCGAGGAUGAUACGGAGGAUACGGCGAACAUCAUCGUCGAGCGGUCGUGGCAUGAGCAGCUGCAGUACGCGCUCACAAUCUCUGCGCGCAGCUUCUUCAUUGGCGCGACCGUUCCCUUUUCGUUGACGCUAUUGCCUCUCACGAAGGUCCGUAUUCAUCGCCUUGCGCUGUUCGUUGAGGGUGAGUCCGUUCUGAUACUGCGCUUGCGUGUGAGGCUGACCCCCCGUCUAGAGCAAACCGUGUAUCUUGCGCAUCAAGAUGAGACCGCCCGCACCGACCCAGUGCUGCGCGUCCCACUCAUGAUGAUCAAGCACGAAGUCGGCGGGCCCAUCCUCCCCCUCGACGGCGACGUGCGCAAGUCCCCGUUGCACGUCCUCGCCCAGUCCAGCGCCGACGCCCAGCAAGAAGACCUCGACGACCUCGCGAGCACCUGGACGGGCCCGGGGCCCUGGCGCGUCAGUGGCACUGCGCGCGUGCCCAACCUCCUCCGCCCGACGAACCGCAACCGCCGCGCGGGCGUGAUGGUCACGCACGCCGCGAAGUUCCUCAUCCGCGUCGAGAGCGACCAGGAGAUGGACCCGAAGACGGGCCGCCGGAAGCUGUACGACGUGACGGUGCAGACGCCGAUCCAGGUGUUCUCCUCGCGCUGUGACCCGGGCGCGCUAUGUCUGCCGCAGUACAGCGAGGGGGCGGGGGGAAGGGAGGCGCGCGACGGCCGGACGGGCUCGGAUUCGUCCGAUGUGAGCAUAGCGGCGAUAGAUGAGGUGAAUGCGGACCCGCGGCAGAUUCCGAGUCUGGCGGGGGGUGCGCUGCAACACCUUUUCGGGCGCAAUGCGCACUUCGAGCGCCUUAUCGCCGGCCAAGAGAGCGAGUCGGGAGAGGCGCCGCCCGCGUACGAUAGGUUGGAAGGAUCGCGGCUUGCGUCGGCCGUCAGUGGCUGAAGGACUGGGCUGUUAUCAUCAAAGUGUUCGUUCACCAGGAUCGAAGGAGUUCCGACCACCAUCGAAGGAGUUCCCACCAACAUCGAAGUUCCCAGUAUCGGUUCACAGGUUGAGUUGUGUGAUAGACGGGGGUGGAUGAUCUUUGUACAUACAUGAUAUCUCUACUUACAUCAGGGUUCUACGAAACUCACUUUAGGUACGCGCUGUAGCAUAAUGGGAUGACCGCGACGACACUAGACUUUUAGACAGACAGACUGCAUAUUUACUUAGACUACUUAUGGAACACCACCCGACCUGCUCUUCUCUCUCGUCUUCUUGCGCUCAUGAAGUUCUUCUAAGUCCGCUAGCAGAUAUGAUAGACCAAGCGCGUCAAGGUCCUACGCCAAGCCUUUUUCUCGCCGAUCGAUCCUCCUUU